AUGGCUGGCUCUAAAGGCUCAGAGAGUGUUAGAAGCUUGAUGUACUCAGGCAAAAACGCUUUGCUCCCUCCGAAAAUCCCAUUUCCAAGCGUAUCAGCUUCGUAUACUGAGUACAUAUCCUGUGGUUUGAUGGGUUCGAGGCGCGGUCAGAAGCUCGGUGAAGAGAAAACGCAUCACCAGAGGACUUCCUCUGAGAGCCAUUUGGUGGAAGAGCUUCCCUUUUGGCUUGAUGAUCUUCUAAAUGAGCCAGAGAGUCCUGCUCGCAAAUGUGGUCAUAGGCGUUCUUCUAGCGACUCUUACGCUUAUCUAGACGUGGCUAAUGCUACAAACAUAAGCCUGACACUCCAAAAAGAUUUCAGUUAUAGGAAUUUGGCUUCUUCCACUAGAAAAGGAUCUCAAGAGCCUGAUCGGAGUAAAAACGCUCGGGACGAUGCUGCCUUUUACGCUGAUGCUAGUUUCUUGAAACAGAGGAACCAACAGAGGGAUUCUUUGGUGGCUCGUCGUUGUUGGCUACCUUCCACUCGAGAUAGUGUUGGUGGGAAAAACAUGGGAGUAUCAUCAUAUAUGUGUCAAGAAGCAACAGCAGAAACUCAUGAACCGAAAAGGUUCUCUUCUGAGGAGAACAGUUCCAAUGCAAACCCUGUGACGUAUGAGGCUGACAAUAUAAAACGAGCCAAACAGUAUGUGAUUCUCUUUAGACUUACUGGUUCCUGCAGGCAAUUUGCACAACGGUCACGAGUCCGUAAGCUCCAGUACAUAUCUGAGCUAGAAAGGAAUGUACAAUCAUUGCAGGCCGAAGGCUCCAAAGUUUCAGCAGAGCUUGAUUUUCUCAAUCAGCGUAAUCUUAUUUUAAGUAUGGAAAAUAAAGCUCUUAAGCACCGCCUUGAAAGUAUAGCUCAGGAGAAGCUGAUCAAACAAUUGGAACAGGAGAUGUUGGAAAAUGAGAUUGGAAGACUACGAGCACUGUAUCAGCAACAACAACAACAAACUCGUAAACCAUCAGCGAGUCUCGGACGUUCUGCUAGCAAAGACCUCGACUCUCAGUUCUCAAGUCUUUCCCUGAACACCAAGGAUUCGAACUGUAGGCGUGACUCUGUAUCUGUGAUGGGUCAAUUCCACUUUUAG